AUGGCGAGAAUUACUGACGACCAAAAACCUUCGAUUGAGCAAAUCUCCAAUGACAAGAUCGCGCCCAAGACACUUGAAGCUGGAAAUGGGCCCGUGGAUGGACAUCGCAAGCUUGUUGCGCCGCCGCUAGUCGCCGCUAUGAGCGCCGAGGAAAGAUUUGAGGCGGAAAAGAAGAUGAGGAGGAAGAUCGAUACGAGGUUGUUGCCGAUGAUUAUCCUGAUGUAUAUUAUGAAUUACCUCGACAGGAAUAACAUCGCUGCCGUUCGCCUAGCAGGUCUUCAAGAUGAGCUGGAGCUCACGAGUGUGCAGUACCAAACUACCGUUUCCAUCCUCUUCGUCGGCUAUAUUCUCAUGCAAAUUCCUUCGAAUUUAUUCCUUAAUAAGACUGGCAAACCGGCCAUAUACCUGCCUACAUGCAUGAUCGUCUGGGGUAUCAUAUCUGGUGCUACCGGCGCAUGCCAGAACUUCGCUGGACUUGUGGUGUGCCGUUUCUUCCUCGGGUUCAUCGAAGCCGCAUAUUUCCCAGGGUGCUUGUUUUACCUUAGCGCUUGGUAUACAAGGAAAGAAUUGGGUCUGAGGACGGCGGUGCUAUACUCUGGGAGUCUGAUAUCGGGAGCGUUUGGUGGUCUAAUCACUGCGGGGAUCACGAGUAAUAUGGACGGUACGCAAGGUCUUAGAGCUUGGCGCUGGGUGUUUAUAAUUGAAGGUGUCAUCACCGUUGCGAUCGCUUUUGGAGCCUUUUGGAUUCUGCCUAACUUCCCUCGAACUACUUCCUGGCUCACGGAAGAAGAGCGCCAACUUGCCGUGUACCGACUUCAGGAAGAUGUUGGAGAAGAUGAUUGGGUGUCCGCAGAGUCACAGACCUUCUUCCACGGCCUAAAGCUCGCAUUGCUCGAUAUCAAGACUUGGGUGCUCACCAUUCUUCUUCUCGCGAUUGUGUCUUCAGCGAGUGUUACCAACUUCUUCCCAACAGUGGUCAAAACCCUUGGAUACCCAAACAUCGAGACGCUGUUGUUGACAGCGCCACCUUAUGUCCUGGCAGUUAUCACGACCUACCUCAACGCCUGGCAUGCCGACCGCACUGGCGAACGAUUCUUCCACAUUGUUCUCCCACUCUGCGUGGGUGUAGCAGCCUUUAUCCUGGCUGCAGCUACAACAGCUACCGCACCCCGCUACGUCGCCAUGAUGCUGAUGGUCCCUGGUGUCUAUACUGGCUACGUUGUCGCUUUGGCCUGGAUUUCCAAUUCUUUACCCCGUCCGCCAGCAAAGAGAGCGGCUGCACUAGCUUUCAUCAACGCGAUCAGUAAUACUAGUUCGAUUUAUGCAAGUUAUAUGUACCCGCAGCCGAAGAGUGGACAACCGGACUUGACGGUACCACUCAGUGUGGAUUGCGCAACUGCAGCACUGGCCAUCAUCAUGACGGUCAUCAUGCGGAUCAUCCUAGGAAGGCUGAACAAGAAACUUGCAAGGGGAGAACACGUUGAAGGCGCGAUCAACGCUGUCCCAGGAGUUGGUGCGGAGCGAGGUUUCAGGUUCUUGGUCUAG